AUGAAUUCUCUUCAAGAUCCCUUCCACCGUAAAACUUUUCAACGAAAAAACCUGAAGAAUUUAUCGCUGCAGGAUAGCACAACCUCACAAAUACCCGCUUCAGCCCCAAUAAACCAUAUGCCCUUCUCGAACAUCCCCUCAUCUAAGCCAAACAUAAACCAACCGAUGGGACCUCCCUCCACAUCAGAUAAUACUAGCGCUUACUUUAAUCAAAAGAGAGGUAACAUUUUUGCAAGAAGAGGCUUAAAAAAGAAUCUGACGUUGCAUGUCUCAAAUGCCCCAACUCCCAUAAAAACACAGCAGGAACUGCCAUCCCUUCCAACAAAUGACACUAUAAUAAUACAAUCACAAUCGCAGCAACAACAUCAACAACAGAUAUCUCCGUCGUCAUCAUCAUCGCCUAACGAACCUCCUUCGCCCGCAGCAAAGGAUAUACCAACAAAGGACUCCAUAUACCAACUUCAGGAUUUGGUCCGUCUGGGGAAGAUUGGUGCAGGGAAUUCAGGAACUGUAAUAAAGGCCCUUCACGUCCCCAGCUCAAAGAUAAUAGCACAAAAGAUUAUACCGCUUGAGAAAAACAACGAAAUCGUAGUUAACCAACUAAUUAGAGAACUCACAAUAAUGAAAAGUAUUAAACCACAUAAGAAUAUCAUUUCUUUUUAUGCAGCAUUCUAUACUCAUCAUCAAAAUAAUGAGAUCGUCAUAUUGAUGGAGUAUAUGGACUGUGGGUCUCUUGAUAGGAUAUUCUCCACUUAUAAGCGGUUCGUCGCUAGGGGUGUCUUAGACCCUCGUGAGAAGAAUUGGUUUAACGAUUCCUUGAUACUGUCAAGGAUCUCGUAUGCCGUUUUGAAUGGGUUGAAUUAUUUGUAUGAAAAUUAUAAGAUCAUUCAUAGAGAUAUUAAACCUUCCAAUGUAUUGAUUAAUUCUAAAGGGUUAGUUAAAUUGUGCGAUUUUGGUGUCUCUAAGAAAUUAAUUAAUUCAAUAGCAGAUACCUUUGUGGGAACAUCCACUUACAUGUCACCAGAGAGAAUACAGGGGAACGUCUAUUCCACUAAGGGUGAUGUCUGGUCUCUUGGAUUAAUGAUCAUUGAACUAGUGACGGGACAAUUCCCAUUGGGGGUUGGAGAGACUCCAGAGGGAAUACUGGAUCUUUUACAAAGGAUUGUCAAUGAGCCAUCUCCCCAGUUACCAAAGACUGACAAAUUCUCCGUAGAAAUGACUGAUUUCGUUAAUAGGUGUUGUGUCAAGGAUGAAAAGGAUAGAUCUUCCAUUCAUGAAUUGUUAGUCCAUGAUUUCAUAUUGAUGUAUAAAGAUCCCUUAUACAAUAGGGAAUUUCGACAUUGGUGUAAAAUGAUCAAGUCAUAUAUAAAACAGGAUAAACAGAUUAAGAGAGAGGACAACGAGAGGGCUAAACUAGAGAAAAGACAGUUGGAUAAGGCCUCUGAAGCCGCCAGAGAUAAUAGACGAUAA